CCCCGCUGCCCGCGCCGCGGGGGGCCCCCCGCCGCCCCGCUCGGGUCCAGAGGCCGCCCGGCCCGCGGAGGGGAGGGACAGCCCGGCGCCAUGGGCGCGGUCGCGCUGCUGCUGCCGCUGCUGCUGCCGCUGCUGCUGCCCCGGACCGCCCGCGGGGCCGCAGUGUGCGGGAGCUGCCCGGGGCCGCCGCGGAACGGCUCCAUUGUGUCCCGGUUCUGUGAGUCCCGGGGCGACACCGAGAACGACGGGCGCUGCUGCCGGGAGAGGGGAGCCCCCCCGGGGCGGCUGCUGGGGCUGGACCUGAGCAACUGCUCCCUGCACAGUGUCCCCCCGGAACUGGCCGAGGCCACCGCUGCCAUCGUCCUGGACCUGACUGAGAACCCCCUGACGUCCCUCCCCAACGGCUCCUUCCUGGGCUUCACCCACCUGCAGCUCCUCGCGGUGCCGGCGGCGCUGGAGUGUCCGGGCGGGAGUGACGCCUGGCAGGAUGUGACAGUGGACGGGAGCAUCCGGCAGUGCCGGGGCCAGAAAAACCCCUGCAAUGGCUCCGCGGAGCUCGCCUGGCCGUGUCCCGAAAACUCGGCGUGUGCCCCCGAUGGCCCCGGCCUCGUCCAGUGCCUCUGUGACAGCCCCUUCCACGGCUACAAGUGCCUGCGCGAGGGCACGUUCCCGGUACUACUCUUCAGUGGGAUCCUGGGCACUGCCACCGUAUCCCUGUCCCUGCUGCUGUGGGGCACCCAGCGGAGGAAGGCCAAGACCCCCUGAGUGGGGCAGGGGGCUGCGGAUGGGCAGGGGACCCCCUGGCCUGGGGGUCUCUGUGCCCAGGCCCGGCUGUCCCUGUGGCUGCCAGGGAUCAAUAAAGCCACAGGUUUUCACCGUG